ACAAUGAUGUGGCAACAAAAUUCAUACUUGGGAGAUUCAGGUAUUAAUUCUGGUGUAACUACUCAAGCACCUUCACUAACUGGAAAAGAAGAAGAAAUGAUGAGUUAUCCUCCCUCUCAAGCUCCUCGUCCAAUGUCUGCCAAAGAGCAGACCAUGAUGUGGCAGCAAAAUUCUUACCUUGGGGACUCUGGAAUUAAUUCCGGAGUCACCACUCAAACUCCUUCAUUAUCUGGAAAAGAGGAAAAUAUUGAAGAACAGUUGAUGUUUGAUUUGGAUCAAGGAUUUACUCAAGAACCUGCAGAUGGUAAAUUUUUUAAAGACUACUUUCUCUCGAUUUUAGUACCAGAAGAUGCCGAUCUUGCUUCAACAGCCAUACCACAAUUAAUAAAACUUUUAAAUGAUGAAGAUCAAGUGGUAGUAUCGCAAGCUGCCAUGAUGGUUCACGAAUUAUCCAAGAAAGAAGCAUCCAGAAAUGCAAUUAUGAAUAGCCAUCAAAUGGUAACUGCCCUUGUUCAUGCUGUUUCAACUAGUAACGAUUUAGAAACGACAAAAGGAGCUGUGGGAACUUUACAUAAUCUUUCCCAGCAUAGGCAAGGGCUUCAAGUAAUCUUUAAAUGUGGAGGAAUAGCAGCUCUUGUUAAGUUACUCAGUUCUCCAGUCGAAUCCGUUUUGUUUUAUGCUAUUACUACUCUGCAUAAUCUUCUUCUUAAUCAAGAAGGAUCCAAAAUGGCUGUAAGAUUGGCUGGUGGUCUUCAAAAGAUGGUUGCUCUUUUACAAAGAAAUAAUGUUAAAUUUCUGGCUAUCGUCACCGACUGUCUUCAAAUUCUUGCUUAUGGGAAUCAGGAGUCCAAAUUAAUAGUUUUGGCGUCCCAGGGACCUAUUGAGCUUGUUCGAAUAAUGAGAACAUAUGAUUAUGAGAAGUUGUUGUGGACCACAUCUCGGGUACUUAAAGUGCUUUCCGUGUGUAGUAGUAAUAAGCCUGCUAUUGUGGAAGCUGGAGGUAUGCAAGCUUUGGCCAUGCAUUUGGGUCAUCAUAGUCAAAGUCUUGUUCAAAAUUGCCUUUGGACACUUAGAAAUUUGUCAGAUGCUGGGACUAAAGUGGAUGGAUUAGAAGGCCUUUUGCAAAGUUUGGUUCAACUGUUGUCAUCUACAGAUGUUAAUGUUGUCACAUGCGCCGCAGACAUACUAAGAAAUCUCACGUGCAAUAAUCAGAGAAAUAAAGUUACAGUUUGUCAGGUAAAUGGAGUUGAAGCUCUCGUGAGAACAAUUGUUAAUGCUGGAGACCGAGAAGAAAUAACAGAGCCAGCAGUUUGUGCUCUUCGGCAUCUUACAUCCCGCCACAUGGAGUCUGAAAGAGCUCAAAAUGCUGUUCGUCACAAUUAUGGUAUUCAAGUGAUCGUGAAGCUCCUUCAUCCUCCUAGCAGGUGGCCUUUGGUGAAGGCGGUCAUUGGUCUUAUUAGAAAUUUGGCAUUAUGUCCGGCCAAUCAUGCUCCCUUGAGAGAGCAUGGUGCUAUUCAUCAUUUGGUUAGACUUUUAACAAGAGCUUUUCAAGAUAUUCAGCGGCAAAGAUCAGCUGUUGGAAGCGGGGGAGGACCGCAAAGAGGAGCUUUCGUUGAUGGUGUGAGAAUGGAAGAUAUUGUUGAGGGCACAGUCGGUGCUCUACAUAUUCUUGCACGGGAAUUUCACAAUCGAGCCAUCAUAAGAAGCCAACUUGUCAUUCCAAUAUUUGUUCAACUUUUGUUUAACGAUAUAGAAAACAUUCAAAGAGUGGCUGCUGGUGUUUUAUGCGAAUUAGCGUCGGACAAAGAAGGAGCUGAAAUGAUCGAGCAAGAGGGGGCUACGACGCCAUUAACGGAACUUUUACAUUCUCGAAAUGAAGGAGUGGCUACCUACGCGGCAGCCAUUUUGUUCAGAAUGUCGGAGGAUAAACCGACGGAUUAUAAGAAAAGACUUUCUUUGGAGUUGACAAAUUCCCUAUUUCGUGAGGAUCAAAAUUUUUGGGAUGGAGGGGAUAUAGGGAUGGGUCCGGAUCUACAGGACAUGUUAGGCUCUGACCAGGGUUAUGAUGGUAUGUAUGGUCAAGGUCCGCCGUCGGUACACAGCACUCACGGAGGAAGACAAUUCGGGAACCAGGGGUAUGACUCGAUUCCAAUAGAUCCGAUGGAAGGUUUAGAAAUAGAAAGUCAGGUACCGAAUACAAGUUUUGAUCCAAUGGACGUCGGAGAUUCCGGUCCGAUAGAUUUUGAUAAUUUGGAUGCCGAUUUACCGCCGCCUCCUCCUCCUCCUACUACUACUACUACUACUACCACCCAAGACAAUCAAAACAAUCCUUUGGCCGGAUGGUACGACACUGAUCUCUAG